AUGUCCUCCACCGACAGCAUACACACCGACUCUAAAUCUAAAGAUGGAGAUAUCGAAAAGGAUCUACCAAACGACAAAGGCACUCCUACCGACGAACAUCCACCAUUGCCAUUCUCGGGAGUCCACGAGAUAGGCUUCAUCUUCAUCAUCUGCUUGUCCCAAUUUCUCGCUCUUAGCGGGUUGGCGCAAUCGAUAGCACCNCUACAUAUCAUUGGCGACAGUUUCGGCAUCAGCAACCCAGGAGAGCUGUCCUGGUACCCCGCUGCCUUCUCUCUCACUGUCGGCACCUUUAUCCUGCCAGCAGGUCGACUUGGAGAUAUGUAUGGACACAAGAAACUUUACGUCAUCGGGCUGGGCUGGUAUGCCGUGUGGAGCAUGGUAGCUGGUUUGGCAGUCUACUCCGGAGACAUUCUGUUCUCCGUCGCCCGAGGCUUCCAGGGUAUCGGGCCUGCGGUCAUGGUACCCAAUGCUCUAGCCAUCGUGGGAAGAACAUAUCCUCCCUGUGACAAGAAAAACCUCAUCUUCGCUCUGUUCGGAGCUGCGGCACCAACAGGCUGGGUGGUGGGCGCCGUCUUUUCGUCCAUCUUUGCACAGCUUGCUUGGUGGCCUUGGGCAUUUUGGGCUUUGGCUAUUGCUUGUGUUGUUGCCGCUGUUGCUGCACAAUUCAUCAUCCCCACCGAUGAACUCGACCAUGGAGGUGCUGUCAAGUUCGACUUCCUGGGCUGUUUUACCGGUGUCACAGGAUUGAUCUUGUUCAACUUUGCCUGGAACCAGGCUGCUGUCGUGGGAUGGGCAACCGUCUACAAUUACGUGCUGUUGAUCGUCGGUAUCCUGUUCCUCGUGGCGUUUGUCUGGGUCGAGCUCAAGGUAGUCGACCAACCUCUUGUCCCGCUCACAGCAUUGAGCAAAGAAUCCAUCCUCGCUCUUGCAGUCAUUGCAGCCGGCUGGGGUUCCUUCGGCGUUUGGGUCUACUACCUCUGGAACUUUAUAGAAGUUGUUCGAGGUUACUCGGCCCUCGCCGCCUGCGCACAAAACGUCCCAGUAGCCAUAUCCGGACUUCUAGCUUCCGUCGCGACCGGUGUCCUGCUCUCAAAAACAAAAGUCAGCAACGUGUUGCUUAUCGCCACACUCUGCUUCCUCGUCGGUCAGAUCCUUAUUGCUACUGCACCAGUGGGUCAAAUCUACUGGGCUCAGACUUUUGUGUCCAUCAUCAUCAUGCCUUGNGGAAUGGACAUGAGUUUCCCCAGCGGCACAAUCAUUCUGAGCAAUUCGACGGCAAAGGAACAUCAAGGUGUGGCAGCCAGCUUGGUCAACACAGUCGUCAACUACAGCAUCUCGAUUGCACUGGGCAUCGCCGGUACAGUGGAUAGAAAUGUCAACAAGGGCGGUAGCGAUGUGUUGGGUGGAUAUCGCGGCGCGUGGUACUUUGCCAUUGGACUUGAUGUUGUGGCUGUUCUCAUUGCUUUGUACUUUGUCUGGCGAAUGAGGGGCUGA